AUGCAUCACGUGAUAAUGUAUCAGGUGAUAGCAGCCAUUCGAGGCUAUUCCUCUUUGAGUUACCGUUUCUCCGAUCCAUCGAAACUCUUGAUGGAAUCAAUUAUUCAUGGAAUGAGUCUCCCGAUGGACCUCGCUCUUCCUUCCCGCGGAUCAAUGUCCGACUUCUUCAUUCGACAUGGCUCCUACCAGACCUGGCAAGUCGGGCAAUUAGCCAGACGUCUGCUAAUGCAGCUUCGGCCUUCCCCGCUCGAAAAUGACUUCCAACCUACACUGAGCCCAAAACCACUGACAUCAACAUAUCACAAACACGAUAGAGCGUAA